GUGGCACGGAGAAGACUGGACAGUGUAAUUUUAUUUUCGAAGAAAAUCUUUGCAAAAUAUCCUUUAAAAAAAUCCUUAUACGAGUGAUGAUUAAAAAGACAUUAGAAUUUCAUUGAAAAAAAUUGACAUAAAUGUAAUCGUUGCAAAAAAUACUUGCAAAAAAUUUAUAAGUCAUUAGAUUGCUAUUUUAACAAAUUGCAAAAAAAUCGUUAUAAAAAGUACUUGUACUUGAAAACUAGAAAGACUUUAUAAUUGUAUUCAAGAAAAAUUGCAAAAGAUAAUCGUUGCAAAAAUAUUAUCAUUCGGCAGACACAGUUAUUUUAUUGACACAAAUUGCAAAAACAAAUCCCUGGAAAAAUAUAUAGAUAGUACUUUAUUGUAGAAAAGUUUCCAAAAAAAUCUCCCUGCAAAAAAAAAAUAACCCUGCAAAAAUUUAAACGCUUCAACUUACCCCAAAAUUUGGAAACGAUGGGGUCCCCAGCCCCGUAUUCGUACCACCCCCGACAACCUGUCCAACAACAAAACGACCAAGAAUUGGAUGACCAUUUUCUGAGCCCUCGGGAAAAUUUGCCUUCCUGGACGAACCAAUUUUUCGCGGAUUCUGACGACUUUUCGUCCUCAGAAAGAAGUUGGAUGGCGCUCGAUGAGACGAGCACGAUUGACCCCAUGACCCCAUCGGAAAUUUGGGAGUGGUCCUGGGACAGGACGGUGAAAACCAUUGUGCUCUCUCCCAUCGUCAUUUUCACCAUUGUUGGCAACUUUCUAGUCUUGUAUGCAUUUGUGACCAGGAAACGGGAACUUCGCGCUCCCACGCACUUUUUUAUCGCGAAUCUGUCCCUGGCUGAUUUCCUGGUGGGAAUAAUGGCGAUGCCGUUUCUGGCCACGGUCCACGUGACGGACCGCUGGUAUUUCGGAUCAGGAUUUUGCUACGCCUGGGUCAUCAUCCAUUUCUGGUUGUGCUCGGCGUCAAUCCUCUCCACGUUGGCGGUCUGUGUCGAACGAUACGUCGGGGUCAAGUAUCCGUUACGUCAUGUCGAAAUUAUGAGCGUACCAAGGGUGAUUGCCAUAAUGGUAGGUGUCUGGUCGACGGCGGGUUUCCUGACGCUGCUGUCCGUCCUGGCCUUUCCGGAACCACGUGACGACUCGGUUGGGAAAUUCGGGUGCAAAAUAAACAAUCAAAUCGGUCACGUGUUAAUCGCCACGAUUGGAAUUCUCUACAUCCCAGCGGGAUUCAUGAUAUUUCUUUAUUGGAGGAUUUACGUCAUUGCGUCGACACAUUUAAAAUCGAUGAAAAAUCGGGUCGGUGAUGUGACAAAAGUGGACCAACCACGAGCUCCCCGACCCCGCUCCAAAACGAAGACGUGGUCAAAACUCAACUUUUUCCGUUUGUCCGGCCCAGCCUCCACGUCGACGUCCGCCCCGCCGGAAAAUUCCUACUCCACUUCCGACAUUGAAAGAAACGUGGAAAAUUCCACCAGCGAGUCCGGUUUCAGUUCGUACAUUCCGGACGAAUCGUCGACAACCGUUUUACCCACCAAUAACAAACCAGUGUCCAACACAACCUUAAAACAAUCAACGCUCCCGCCAUCGUCUCCAUCAACUAAACAGAUCAAUUUAGCGCGACGUUUAGCCUUCCUGGUCGGAAUCUUGUUGCUGUCCUACAUCCCAUUUUUUUCCGCCUUCCUGAUCCGUGCUUUUAACGUGGAAGCCAUUCCAAACCCACUUUUUACCGUGUUGGGAUGGAUCCGAUAUGCAAAUUCGGCCAUAAAUCCGAUAAUUUAUGCCUUUGCGGUACCCGCAUAUAGAAAAGCGUUCGAAAAUAUAUUGCAUUUGGGGUGGAGAAAGCAGUAGCUAAAUUUUGUGUAUGUCUAAAUUAAUUAUGAUUAAUGAAACAGGAUUUUCUGUAUUUUUAAUUAAUUAACUAAUUAAUUAUGGUUAAUAAAACAAGAUAAUU